GCGGUUCUUCUGCUCUGCCCCGCGCCGGAGAAGCCAUGAAGACCAUCAUCGCCGCCUACUCUGGAGCCCUGCGAGGGAGGGGUUCCAGCGUCCUUUCGGCCCUUCAAGACCUGUCCUGGCUCUCCAAGUCCAAAGUUGAGAAACAGCUGCAGAUUAUAUCCGUGCUGCAAUGGAUACUGACCUUCCUGUUCCUGGGUGUAAGUUGCUCAAUCGUUCUCUUGUACUUCCUUUGUACCGACUGCUGGGUGAUCACGGUGGUGUAUUUUGCCUGGCUGGUCUUUGACUGGAACACUCCCGUGAAAGGUGGAAGGAGGUCUCAGUGGGUCCGAAACUGGGCCAUGUGGCGGUAUUUCCGGGACUACUUUCCCAUACGACUUUUCAAAACCCACAACUUAUUGACCACUCGGAAUUACAUUUUGGGCUACCACCCGCAUGGCAUCUUUGGACUCGGGGCCUUUUGCAACUUCAGCACGGAAGCCACGGGCGUGGGCCAGAAGUUUCCCGGGAUCCGGCUGCACCUCGCCACGCUCGCUGGCAACUUCCGAUUGCCCAUUUUGAGGGACUACUUGAUGUCUGGGGGUAUCUGCCCCGUGAACCGCGACAGCAUAGACUACAUCCUUUCCAAAAAGGGCACCGGGAAUGCCGUUGUGAUCGUAGUUGGUGGGGCCGCCGAAUCUCUCAACUGUGUCCCAGGCAAAAACUCUGUGACUCUGAAGAACCGGAAGGGUUUUGUCAGGCUGGCAUUACGACACGGGGCGGAUCUCGUUCCCAUCUAUUCGUUCGGCGAGAACGAAGUUUACAAGCAGGUGGUCUUUGAGGAAGGCUCGUGGGGCAAAUGGAUUCAGAAGAAGUUCCAGAAGUACGUCGGCUUCGCCCCCUGCUUCUUCCUCGGACGGAGCCUCUUCUCCUCUAACACCUGGGGCUUGCUGCCCUUCUCCAAGCCGAUCAACACCGUAGUGGGGGAGCCGAUCACCAUUCCGAAAAUCGAAAACCCGAGCCAGAAGGAAGUAGACUUUUAUCACAGCCUCUACGUCAGCUCCCUGAGGAAGCUCUUCGACAAGCACAAGACGAAAUUCGGCCUGCUGGAGGCGGACGUCUUGGAAGUCAACUGACGGCAAGAGGAGCUGUCCCGCUGACUUGCGUGGGAAUGGGGGAAGAGGCGAACUUGCUCUCGCAUCAAAGACGCUUUUCUGCCGGAGGGGGAGUGGCUUGUUUCCUGGUCUGGGAAUCCGGGACGUGAGCCUUGACAAUGGGGGGGGGUGAGCUUUAGAAGGACAAAAAAACCAAAACAAAAGUUGUCUAAA